CAGAAAAUAAUGAGAUCUUUUCGGAUUUUAAUAAAUAACUCCCUUAGUGUUUGGCACAACUUUGGCACGACAUGUACUGACUGGCCUCAAUCAGCCUCUGACUCUGCAUCCGUCGUGACCAUGAUGAAUGGUAAAUACCAGAAAAAUGAUAUUGUGCUACAUCCAUGCCAAUGACUGUAGGCCAGGGAAGCUGCAAGUGCUUAUAAUCAGGCUCUGUGUAGCUGUGAGUGUGGGACAUGUACAUUAUUGAGGGUGCCCUCGUCUGGGUCUAGAACAAAUGCUGCAUUUUGCUAAAAGGAGCCUUAGUGAUGCAAGGAGCACAAAGUAGCAGAAUGGAGAGCAGUAUGAUGGAUGCAGAGAGGUGAGGGUGUAAGGGGAAGUAAGACAAUGGUAAAAGCAGGACUGGCAAAAGUAUGGAUACAUGCAAGUAUGAAGGAGACUGAAUGCCGAUAGUAAAGAAGGGUAAAUAGAGAUCAUGACAUGCUAAGAAUCAUCAGAAGUGAAGUUUAUCAGGUCAGUUUGUACAACCAUGGCCUAUAUUUAAAAGAACAAUAACUUUAAAGCCCAUAGUUCCCUUUAAGAGGGGGGAUCUAUUAUAUCCCGACAUGCACUUCAGAACAACCUGGCAAACUAAAGAAAGGGCAUAUCAGCACAUGUAAAUAAAGAAGGUCAUGUCAUUAAAAAGUGCAAAUUUUGCAACCAGUCAUCAGUUGCUACGGAUGAACAGGCUAGCAGCAAACUCUGCACUGUUUAUUACAUAACCCAUCCCAAGAGGCAUACCAAUGGCAAAUGCUGAUUUAGUAUUGCAGCAACAAAACUAUAUGGAAACAAACAUUAGCGCUAGUGAUUGCUGGGCUACGGGGAGUCAGUUUGACACUCAAGAAGGAAGCUGCUCCGCUGCUGGUUUUAGGAUUUGUUGAGCUGAAGUUACCCACAAUCCUUUGCCAAGAACACCUGAUUGAAUCUAUCUGCAUUCACACACUGCUCUCAUGUCUGAGAUGGAAGGGAAGCGGGAACCAUUCAAGGCCAAGGACAACAACAGAAUUCCCUGCACAGGAGAUCAGAGAAAGAAAAAGAUUCUGGCAAUAGGUUCAAAGGUUUCUGUGGCAGACAAGCUUUCCUCAAUAGGAGCCUCCUUUUUAGCAAAAAGAGCACGUGUUUCUGAGGUUCCUGUCCAUCACGUACAACUAAACAUUAACGCUAGUAAAGGAAGCUCUUUCUCGGAGCAGUGGGUAGAGGAGCUUGUUCAAGCAAUGGAGGCACUAGACAUGCAUACUGAGCAAGAAUAUGCUCUUGAUAUUUUCACUGGAAUGCUGGUGAAUCAGUCAUGCCAAACAUUUAGAGCUUGUGACAUCCCUAAAUCAGUGACCGCUGAGAUGAGGACUGUUCUGGUGGACUGGCUGGUUCAAGUUCAUGAGUACCUGGGUCUGGAAGAGGAGACACUCUACCUUGCUGUAUACCUUAUGAAUUCCUACAUGAAAGUUCACAAGAUCCACACUGCUCUGCUUCAACUCCUGGCUGCCAGCUGCCUCUUCCUUGCCAGCAAAAUAGAAGAGAGUUUAAUACCGGAGCCAGCAGAGCUCUGCUUUAUGAUGGAAGAUGCCUUCAGCAAGAAAGAACUGCUGAAAAUGGAAAGGAAGAUCCUCAGCCGCUUGAAAUUCGAACUCCAUUAUAUUCAUCCUCUGCACUUCCUCCGGAUUCUUUCCGCUGUUGGGAAAUGCCCCAUGAAGAUUCUGUACCUUGCUAUGUACUUUAUGGAAUUAACUCUCCUAGAGGCUGAUGGAGCAAUGAUUGAGCCAGCUCUGUUGGCCACUGGAGCACUUAGCUUGGCACAGAGGGUAUCUCUGGAGUCUGGAUUUCUUACAAUAGAUGAGACGUGGCAUGGAGUACAGCAGUGGUUCUCCUACAGUGAUGCACAACUGACAAGCUGCCAGAACCUAAUGGCAAGAGCAGCGCUUCGUGCUGUUUCUUUGGAAAACAAAUCAACUUGGCAUAAAUAUUCCCGUCCCCAAAAAUUAGGGGUGAGCUCUGGACCAUCCAUGACUAACUCAAAACACCUUGCCCGCUGCAUGAGGACACUAAGCAUUCAGUUAUGAACACUGGCAGUUUUCCCACAAACCUAAUCAAUUGUUAACAUGCCUUCAGGACUGGAAAUCUAACACUAUCACAGCUCAUUAGUGUUGACAUCUCUUGUGGCUUCAGAGAACAGUUUCAUAUGAAGCUAAAUUUUUGUGAAAGAAGUGUCCGUGUCUAAUUGUAAACAUAAAAAGCCCAAUAGGAAGCAGCAUACUCAGGCACGCAAAAGGGGUUAACAAGUGACCACAUUAAUAUAAAGACAAUGUUUCCAAGUGCAACUUAAAAAUCCAAUAUUUACUGCCACAAUUCAUCACAGUUCACCAUCACCAAAAUAAAAAUAUAAAUUGUAAUCUCAGUUCAGGCAAAAAAGGCCACAACAAAUUCAAGUUAAUGAUUGAAAUAUAAUUUAGUGGCUCAUCACCUCUCUAUAUUCCAACACUGUUAAUUCUGUUAAUUUAUUAAAUCUAUUUGACACCUUUACAGUGGCCUUCAAUUGCUUGGGAACAUUAUAUAGAACACACAACUAAUGUAGCAUUAAGCAUGGUGUGCAGUGUUGAUAGAAUGGCAGUGCUUCUCUAAUACAAACUGGUUCUAGGAACUGGUUCUAGGAAUGUAAAUAUAGCGAGGAUGCACCAUAAAUCCAUUAAUCUAUCCAUGUAUUUCUAUGGGGUGGAACCCUGUUUUAGGCCAGAACAGGACAUAGAAAUGAUGCCAAUAGCUGGAUAACACAGGAUUAGUUUGCAUACAGGCUUCUGUUGUUUUCUGGGAAAUUCUUGGUUAUAAAGAUCAUUUUUUUGAGUUUGUAAAGGAAAGUGAGUUUGAGUUUUGUCAGAGGAAGUCUGGGCACAUAUUAGAAUACAUGGAUGACGUAUUGUGGAGCAGUUGAAAGGGUGUAAAGGUAUCUGUAUGUUGUGCCCUUGUAAGAGUAAUAUAAUAUUAUCCCCGUUUUGAUCAACAGAUAUCCAGAAUCAAUUAACUGGAAUUGUAUCUGCUUCCAGAACAGCACUUUUGCAAUUGUAUUGUCGGUGAGACCAAAUGUAAUGUUGUGUUAUUCUAAACUUAUUCCCAAAUUAUUUCUCCUCGGUGCUCUCUGGCACAAGCUUCUAAAAAAUUGUUUUUACAUUUAUUUCAGGUUCUUUUGUGCUCUGUACAGCCACUUCUGCCUGGCUCAGUCCUGUUCUCACUGCUUCCUGGUGAGCUGCCUCUGCUUUGCUCUUGCAUUAUUAUCACAAUUAGCUCUGCACUUGCGCGGCUUGUAUUCUGUCUCAAGCUCGAAAUUCCUAAGCAGCACAUGGGGAGAGACUGCUGCUUAUGUGCAGGGGAGUCUUAGAAAUAGUAAAGAUGAUAUAAGCUCUGCAGGACAAUAAUAAUUAUAAAAUAAAUAUGGUGGUGCAGGGCACAGCCAGAAGGGUCUGUACAAAGAUAAUACACAAAAGCAGACAAAUAAGUAAUAAUAGAUAAUACACAUUUAAUACAUCUCCUACAUACAUCCCUUUCAGAAGAUCACUUACCGGUAAUUGAAAGAAAUUUGGAAGGUUUUUGCUGUAUUAAAAUUGUUAAAGCCUAACUGCUGGCCCUUCUGAUUUAAAACGAAGCAUCUGAUCCUGAGGUUCAAAGACUAUUAACAAUACAGUCAAGCCAUCAACCAGCCAGAAAAAAAAGAUUUUUACCAAGAGAGGGCAAAAGAACCCCAUGUGAAAACCCCAAUAACUGAGUGUGCUCCAAUAUGUUUUAUAUAUGCUUCCAUAGGUUUGGGCCCAUGAACACAGAGCCAGAUUCUGAGUGAGCUGACUGUGUUUAAUUUCUCUGGGCUGGGCCAUAACUUUGAUCCCUCUUACAUUGCAUUUUUAUUUUUUUGUGUGUAUGUAGGUGUGUGUGUGUUUGGUAAGAAAACAAGUAACAAUAUGUAUUUGAAAAAAAAAAUCAAAACAAAAAAAAAAUGUGAAUUUAGAUGUGUUUGAAAGGUAGUAUUUUAGUACUCUGCUUUUUAUUGUGCCCAGUUAACCUUGUAAAUAAUUUGUGUAUGUCAGUGAAUGCAGCCUUACAUGAUUUAGUUCAAUUGUAUUCAAUUUACUUUCCAAAAGUACAUUGUAAUUUUUGACAAAAUCUUGAUUGAAUGUGUUUGAAAAUGGAAAAAAGCAGAAUACAUAA